CCGAACUCCGAUAUGGACAUCACAGCUUCCUUUCUCCUUGAAUCAACACCAUACCUCACCACCACACAACCACGCUCAUACAUACUCAUUGUCCACAGCAUCCACCGUAACAGCUACCUCGUCUACAUUACCGCAAUUCCACACAUCGCACCAACACCCCCAAUGCCAGCACAAGCAUACCCGCCGAUGUCACUAGCGCCGCCAAAACCGCACAAAGACGCCGCCACCGACCCCAAAACACCCGCCCCUCCACCGGCGCUCUUAGCCACACAGCGCGACCCGGUCCCACCGCCGCGCGACCGGGACGCGCACGCCCUCUCGCGGGCCGCCGCGACGGCGACGACCAUCACGCCGCGCCGCCCGCACAGCCCGCCCCUCCCGCAAGCGCAGCAAAGCAAAAAACGCAAGCUCGCACGGCCUCCCGCCGCCUCAGCGGGGGCACCCUUCCACGCCGCACGGUUCCCACACUUACCGGCUCCUCCACCCGCCGCCUCUGCCUCUGCCGCCGCCGCCGUUAUCGACCCGCUCGCGGCGACAGUCGCCACAUAUAUCUCGACCACCACGCGGCGGGCAGCCGACAUCACGAUCGCGCUGAAGCGGCGGGCGCAGAGCUACGAGAUGAUUGCGACGCAUGAGCGGUGGGCGGAGUUUGCGCGCGGGCCCGAGAGCGCACGGCUCGAUCUGCUGCGUGCCAUGGAUGAUGCCGUCCAGGCGGACCGCGAGAUUAUUAGGGUUAUUGCCGCUGAGCUGAGGGAUACGAUUGAGGCUAGAGAGAGGUUGGGGGGAAUCGUGGAUAGGGAGCUUACGGGUGAGGGAAAGGGGAUGGGGGUGGCGAUGGCAAAGGGGGAGGGCGCGGUGAGGAAGAGGGUUGUUGGUAGGAGAAGGGGGUGGGGAUGGGGGAGGACCACGGUGCUCAUUUGGGUACUCUUGCUGAUGGCGUGCGCGGUCAAGUGGUACUUGGGGCUGGACAGGUUAUGA